AACACACAACACCCAGAGAUUCUUUACAAAAAAAUAAAUAAAAUAAAAAAUCGUAUACAUAUAUAUAUUUUCAAACAUGGCUGACAACGAGAAACUGGACAACCAGCGGCUGAAGAAUUUCAAGAAUAAGGGCCGCGAUCUUGAGACUAUGAGAAGACAGCGGAAUGAAGUUGUCGUGGAACUUCGAAAGAACAAAAGAGAUGAACACCUAUUAAAAAGAAGAAAUGUCCCGAAUGAAGAUAUUUGCGAAGACUCUGAUGUUGAUGGUGAUUUCAGAGUGCAAAAUACUUCAUUAGAAGCAAUAGUACAAAAUGCUACCAGUGACAACCAGGGUAUUCAGUUAAGUGCAGUGCAGGCUGCAAGAAAGCUGUUAUCAAGUGACCGAAAUCCUCCAAUUGAUGAUUUGAUAAAAUCUGGCAUUUUGCCUAUUUUGGUUCAUUGUCUGGACAGAGAUGACAACCCUUCAUUACAAUUUGAAGCAGCCUGGGCUUUAACAAACAUUGCCUCCGGAACCUCUGAACAGACGCAAGCAGUUGUUCAGUCGAAUGCUGUUCCACUAUUCUUAAGAUUACUGCAUUCCCCUCAUCAAAAUGUUUGUGAACAGGCAGUGUGGGCCCUGGGAAACAUCAUUGGUGAUGGACCUCAGUGCAGAGAUUAUGUCAUCGGCCUUGGAGUAGUGAAACCACUGCUUUCAUUCAUCAGCCCAUCUAUCCCCAUCACUUUCCUGCGAAAUGUGACUUGGGUAAUGGUUAAUCUGUGCCGUCACAAGGAUCCUCCGCCACCAAUGGAAACCAUUCAGGAGAUUCUUCCAGCACUUUGUGUCCUGAUUCACCACACCGAUGUAAAUAUUUUAGUGGACACAGUCUGGGCUUUGUCCUACCUAACAGAUGCUGGCAAUGAGCAGAUUCAGAUGGUUAUAGAUUCAGGAAUAGUUCCACAUUUGGUGCCUCUCCUCAGCCAUCAAGAAGUCAAAGUCCAGACAGCAGCUCUGAGAGCGGUGGGGAAUAUUGUGACUGGUACGGAUGAGCAGACACAAGUGGUUCUUAACUGUGAUGCUCUCUCCCACUUCCCAGCUCUUCUCACACAUCCAAAAGAGAAGAUCAAUAAGGAGGCGGUAUGGUUCUUGUCAAACAUCACUGCAGGAAAUCAGCAGCAAGUUCAAGCUGUCAUUGAUGGUAACGUCGUUCCAAUGAUCAUACAUCUUUUGGACAAGGGUGAUUUUGGUACUCAGAAGGAAGCUGCGUGGGCUAUAAGUAACCUUACAAUCAGUGGAAGAAAGGAUCAGGUGGCGUUCCUUAUCCAGCAGAAUGUUAUUCCACCGUUUUGUAAUCUGCUUAUAGUGAAGGAUGCACAGGUUGUACAAGUUGUCUUGGAUGGGCUCAGCAAUAUUUUGAAAAUGGCAGAUGAAGAGGCAGAGGCCAUUGCUAACCUGAUUGAAGAAUGUGGAGGUUUGGAGAAGAUUGAACAGUUGCAGAAUCAUGAAAAUGAGGACAUCUAUAAACUGGCAUAUGAAAUUAUUGAUCAAUUCUUCUCCUCUGAUGAUAUUGAUGAAGAUCCCAGCCUGGUUCCGGAGGCAAUCCAGGGUGGAACCUUUGGUUUCAACUCAUCGGCUAACGUACCAACAGAAGGGUUCCAGUUCUAGAAAGUUAACCAAAGCGGAGUUGACUACAUGAUGCAGCCCUGUAAAAUGAAAUUUGAUCCAUUGUGCUUGGCUCAUGGGAACCACUUCUGCAUUAAAACGGAGAGAAAAUGUGUGGAUUUCGUUUGGCGCCUGAAAUAAGCCCAAAUUAAGUUGUGUUGGCGAGUGGGUGCGAGUGAGAGUGAGUGGUAAAAUGUUGCAAAGUCUACACUGAAUGCUUUGAGGAUGUUUCAAGAAACUGCAAGUUAUUGAAAGUCAAUGGCAAAGAAGGAUCUGAAAAAAAGAAAUACAUUUGAAAAUUGGACAAAAGUACCAUAUCAUAGCUUGUGGACUUGCAGCUGAAAAAGCAAGAAAUUUGGUCAACUUUUGUCAGUCCAGAGAGCCAGAACCAAGGCCUUGUUAAGAAGCACUGUGUGAAUGGAUCUAUGUAUGAAUGUCUGGACUCAAUUCUCUGGAGCCAGGGCUCUUCGUUCGUGAAGCAGGCUCUCAAGUCCAGGAGUAUAGCGUGUGUACGAGAGUAUGGGCGUGUGGGUGUGAUGUUGUAUGUGAAUGCAUUCAAAACUUGAUUUGCCUGUAAGGGGCACAUUUAAUAAAUCCCAGAAGAUUAACAAAUGAAAAUUAAACAGAAAAACAUCCAUUUUACACUGGACAAUAAAAUUGACUGGUUGGGCAGCAGUUCAUUGUAUGAUAAACAUUCAACAGAUUUGGUUGACUCUUGCAUCCAGUGUGUGUGUUUAUUUUUAAGAUUUUUUUUUUUUUUUUUUUUAAUUUUUUUUCUUAACAGCUUUUAUUUUAGAUGCUUGUAUAAAACAGAAAAAUAUAGGAAGGCUCCCCUGUGUAUUUGUACCACAGAUUGGUUUGAUGCUGUGAAUAUCUUUCCAUAUCAUCACCUAUUAAAAUCAUAUAACUUAUUUGUGUAAAUUAGCUUCCAGCAUGAAUAAGGGUAACAUUUCCCUUGAAGCCAAAGUAACUGCUUGGCAGUGAAGAUUUGCCAUAACAAUGUGCUUCAACAUUAAAAGAUAGCGGUAGUAAUAAACUGGGCAUUUUACUUGUGACAUGAUGAGUAACCUUUGCAUGUACCAAACUACAGCAUAGUUUAUGUUAGCUAAGUUUUGUUAGGCUGUGUAUACAGUGUAAUUAAUCUUUUAGACUACUGUGCUGUUAAAUGUUCAAAUUCUGACUUCAUUUCUAAAUUUAAGAUAUGGACAUUUCUAAACAAUUUGCACAUGUAUUGCUAAAUAAGGACUGAUUUGAGACGGAGUGUGUGUAGAUGUAUAAAUCAGUUGUUUCAACACUUAACAACAUGCAUAAUUUUUUGUGUUUUCAUUUUUAUUUUAUUUAGCUAGACAGCCAUAAACAAUCUAUCUUGAGCCACUUUAGGGGAGUUUUGUAUUUUUUAAGACUUGCAUCGCAAACAUGCAAGAAGUGUAAUUUUUUCUCUGGUAUUUUUUAGCAAUUGGAAAUAUUUGCCUCUUUUUUAGGUAUCCUUAUACUAAAUUAAGUGAUAAAGGUGAAGUCAAGCCAGUUCUCUUUAAGGUGGCUCAUUGUAGGAAAUGCUGUGCCUUCCCCCUUGAGCACAGCGAUGCAUGAACAAGUUUGCUGUAUUUAAGUUCAUCAGAGGUUAGCUUGUGUCAGUUUAUGUAAAGUAACUUCACAAAAGUAGAAUGGAUUACAUUUUGUGGUCUUAACCUUUUGUUGAACUCUUAUUUUUUGCAGCAUUCCUUGCCAGCAACGAUGUGGUUUCAAAAGAUAAAGCAAAAGAUAACUUAUCCUGUUAUCGUAAUACUAGAAGCUACAGGCUAUGUUGUCUGAGAAAAAUAAAGAUUUAAACCCA